AUGGGUGGUGGGUGUUUAAUUUUUUCAUUCCCAUAGCAACCGAUACCGAUCCAAGGACCAAACAAAUGUUAUGACCCAUUCGGCCAAAGUUUAAGGACUGCGGGUUAGUCACUCCUUUCAGCUCUCAGCAAUAUGUCGGUUGAUGACUCUUGGGUUUUUGAUUCUUUGGUCUGUUUCCUGCACGGACCCGUUUGGAAUGCACCCCUCCAGACCUUCAUCGAGCAGAAGUCCCUAGUCUUCGAUCCAAACCUGCAGGUGGACGAGCACAAUCCAGACAUCCUCCAGAUCCACGAGGAGUACAAGAACCUUGUGGACUACAUGCUCGGUAGCUUCAUGGAAGAGAUGCAGAUAACGCCGGAGCAAUUCGAAAUGGCGUGUCUGGAGGGUCGACAGCAGGGUCAGGGCGAGAAUCCCUUCCAGUUUCAUCAGGUCCUUUUCCAGCAGAUUUGGGCGGCCAACGACCUGAAGAUAUUUAUUCGCAUGAUGACGCAACGCAAUGUGGAACUCCAGCUCCAGGCCCUGGAUCUCAUCGAGAAAAAUCAAUUAGCUCAUAAUUCGGGCGAGGAAGGGGAUGGUCAGCACCAUGCAGAAACAGCUUCGGAUCAGGGGGAUUCCGCCUCAGAAGUGGAGCAAUUGAUAGCCAAGACAGUGGCCGACGAGUUGGAGAGUCCCGAGGCUGCCCUCACUCCCGAGCAGGACACUAACCUCGAUCUAGUUAACGACAAAUUCCAGCGACUAAAUCUGUUCUUUGAGCAGGAGGACCAGGUGGACCCCAAUGAUAUGGUAUCGCGGCAGGAGUAUCUUCGCCAACAGCGCGACAAAAUAGUGGAAAUCAAGAAGCAAACACGGGCCAAGCAGUUGCAAGAGACCAUGUCCCGUGGCACGCCGCAUGCUCCAGAAGGAGCUCGUCCCAGCUCAGCCUUGGUUGCCCAGCAGCUCCUGGAGAAUGGUGGCCGGACCAAGGAGCUAUCGGUGCCAGCUCCCCUGGAGAGUGAGGAGAAUGCAGCACUCCAGCUGAGAAGAAAUCUGGCCAAACGCUUGCGCAACGAAGUGGUGGAGCAAAAGUAAAGACAGUUCUCAUUCUAUUCCCAUUUAUUGUAGAUUCUUAGCCAGGAUUAACGUGUAGCCAGCGUCGUGUAUUGCCUCGCGCUGACUAGUUCAGUUGAUGGUCACACGGAGUGUCUCUUAGUAUCUAAAGUAUCCAAGCGAUUGCGCCCACACAGACUCAAACCUUGAACCCAAAGAUUGGCUGUGUGUGGACGGGAUCGAACAGAACUGCAAAUUUCGGUAUAAACUUUCGUCAAAUUAAACAGAUUGCUAGUAAAGUGUUGCUUAAAACGUAGUUUGUGUGUCAA